AUGUAAAACGAAGAAGAAGUAAAGAAAUCAUUAUAUAAUAGAAAAUAAAACAAUUAUAGGCUCUUCCUAUUCGUAAUUAUUUGGAUUAAACUGUUGUGCCUAUUCUUUUGUAAGCAAUGACUGAAGUUGUCAAAGUUAGGUAAAUAAGUAUUAUAAAAUUAGACCACCAAAUGCUAUUGAAUUUAUAGCUAACUACCUACUCUAAAACAACCCAGAAAAAGCUUAAGCUAAAUAAUAAUGA